AUGGUCUCCUGGCGGCCUAUAUGCCACUGUCCAGUCUCCCUCACUGUUAUAAGCCACUGUCCAGUCUCCCUCACUGUUAUAAGUCACUGUCCAGUCUCCCUCACUGUUAUCAGCCACUGUCCAGUCUCCCUCACUGUUAUAAGCCACUGUCCAGUCUCCCUCACUGUUAUAAGUCACUGUCCAGUCUCCCUCACUGUUAUCAGCCACUGUCCAGUCUCCCUCACUGUUAUAAGUCACCGUCCAGUCUCCCUCACUGUUAUAAGUCACCGUCCAGUCUCCCUCACUGUUAUAAGUCACCGUCCAGUCUCCCUCACUGUUAUAAGUCACCGUCCAGUCUCCCUCACUGUUAUAAGUCACCGUCCAGUCUCCCUCACUGUUAUAAGUCACUGUCCAGUCUCCCUCACUGUUAUCAGCCACUGUCCAGUCUCCCUCACUGUUAUAAGUCACUGUCCAGUCUCCCUCACUGUUAUAAGUCACCGUCCAGUCUCCCUCACUGUUAUAAGUCACCGUCCAGUCUCCCUCACUGUUAUAAGUCACCGUCCAGUCUCCCUCACUGUUAUAAGUCACCGUCCAGUCUCCCUCACUGUUAUAAGUCACCGUCCAGUCUCCCUCACUGUUAUAAGUCACCGUCCAGUCUCCCUCACUGUUAUAAGCCACUGUCCAGUCUCCCUCACUGUUAUAAGUCACUGUCCAGUCUCCCUCACAGUUAUCAGCCACUGUCCAGUCUCCCUCACAGUUAUCAGCCACUGUGAAGUCUCCCUCACUGUUAUAAGCCAUUGUCCAGUCUCCCUCACUGUUAUAAGUCACCGUCCAGUCUCCCUCACUGUUAUAAGUCACCGUCCAGUCUCCCUCACUGUUAUAAGUCACCGUCCAGUCUCCCUCACUGUUAUAAGUCACCGUCCAGUCUCCCUCACUGUUAUAAGUCACCGUCCAGUCUCCCUCACUGUUAUAAGCCACUGUCCAGUCUCCCUCACUGUUAUAAGUCACUGUCCAGUCUCCCUCACAGUUAUCAGCCACUGUCCAGUCUCCCUCACAGUUAUCAGCCACUGUCCAGUCUCCCUCACAGUUAUCAGCCACUGUGAAGUCUCCCUCACUGUUAUAAGCCAUUGUCCAGUCUCCCUCACUGUUAUAAUCCAUUGUCCAGUCUCCCUCACUGUUAUAAGCCAUUGUCCAGUCUCCCUCACUGUUAUAAUCCAUUGUCCAGUCUCCCUCACUGUUAUAAGCCAUUGUCCAGUCUCCCUCACUUAUCAGGCCCCAUCUUUUAUCCUAUUUAAUUCAAGUUGUGAAUUUUCAUCCCAGCUGAACACAUUAGCAAUGCAAGCAGUACUGCAAUGGGCACCUGUACUCGUAGGAGCAUUGCCAAAAAUCAUAGCCGUUGUGCAAGGCUUGGUGAAGGUUUGGUCCCUAGUUACAAAAUCCAAACAAGAUAAUGAUGCAGUUCUGCAGGCCAUGAAGCUGAUAAAUGUUUACAAAGACGACAUUGACAGGUUGUUAGAGGAUCCAGAACGAAAUUAA